GUACUACUGGUAGUAUCCGAGCCUGAAGGGUUUGACUUCUUCUUCAAUCACAUCGCUGUUGUGCAUAUUCAGCGUACGGUACCUAAUAACUUUCGUUUGGCCAGUUUGAAGGUACUACUGAUAGUAUCCGAGUCUGAAGGGUUUGACUUCUUCCUCAAUCACACGACUGUUGUGCAUAUUCAGCGUACGGUACCUAGGACGUCCAGUGGACCGGUUCAACCAAUCAGAAGUCCAGGAUUUUCGCUCCCCUUGAUCCCGUCCGUUGCUGGCUUCACGGGCAUCAACAUGUUGAGCACCCAUGCAGGAUGUUUCCGCUCCCGGGUGAAUGGGCUCGUUAAAGUAUCACGGAGGUUUUUAAACCUGCAGGAGUAUCAGUGCAAAAAGCUGAUGUCAGACUAUGACGUUAACGUUCAACGCUUCAUGAUGGUCCGGAAACCUAGUGAUAUCGAGAACAUCCGUAAGAACUUCCAUGUUCGAGAGUUCGUCAUCAAGGCUCAAAUAUUAGCUGGCGGUCGAGGCAAGGGUGUUUUCGUUGAUGGAUUCAAGGGCGGGGUUCACCUCACCAAAGACCCCGAUGUGAUGGCAGAUAUUUCCAAAAAGAUGCUUGGUAACUAUCUGAAAACCAAACAAACUCCAGAAAAUGGUGUACUAGUGAACAACGUCAUGGUGGCUGAAGCGCUGGAUAUUGAACGAGAGACCUACCUAGCAAUUCUAAUGGAUCGUGAAGCGGGACGUCCUAUCAUAGUUGCCAGUAAACAAGGCGGUAUGGAGAUUGAACAACUGGCCGAAGAAUGUCCGGAAGCGAUCAUGCGUGAGCCGAUCGAUGUGGUCAACGGAGUGACAGAAGAACAAGCAGAAAAGACCGCCAUAUUCCUCGGUUUCCAACCAGGCUCCAAACAAAUGAAGGAGGCCACAAAACAAAUCCAAAGAUUGUAUAAAAUGUUCACUUCACUGGAUUGUUUACAGAUUGAAGUUAAUCCAUUCGGUGAAACUCCGGACGGCCAAGUAGUCUGUUUCGACGCGAAGCUGAGCUUCGAUCCGAACGCAGUUUUUCGUCAGCCCGAAGUGUGUCAAAUGGCAGCCGAGGUUGAAGAAGUGGAGGUUGCUGCAGCCGGACCUCACAGCACCGUUGCGCUCGAGGCGGACGCAGCUCGACAUGGGCUAACCUACAUCGGUCUGCCCAAGGGGAACAUUGGUUGCAUCGUGAAUGGAGCCGGAUUGGCUAUGGCCACGAUGGACUUGAUCUAUCAUCACGGCGGCCAUCCAGCCAACUUCCUCGAUCUGGGUGGUGGUGUCUCGGUCACUCAGGUUGAACAUGCCUUCAAACUGCUUACAAGUGAUCCGCGCGUUGAAGUGAUCCUGAUCAACAUCUUUGGCGGGAUUGUGAACUGCAAGCUGGUAGCUGAAGGACUGAUAAACGGUUUCAAAAGACUAGGUGUCCAUGUUCCGGUGGUCGUUCGUCUUGCCGGGAACAACAGCGAGGUAGCCGCGGACUUGUUGUCCAAAUCUGGUGUUGGUCUCACCCCGGCUCUCACGAUGGAUGAAGCUGCCCGAUUGGCCGUCUCCAAAGCCCCCUGCGUCACGCGCCAGGCUUACGAACCACAUCAGGUCGAGAGUUGUAUUCAUGUUCGUGCAACUAUCAAGCACGACUGGACACCCCUCUCUUCACACUGCACACAAUAA